CUCUCGCAGCAAACAGAGACACAAAAUGGAGAGAGUUGAGAAUGGCCAUCUCACGAAAGGCAAUCUGAGCAGCAAUUCGUCCCUUCCAGGUCCGGGUAAUGUAAAUGAGGUCCUGAUUACCACACUCCUCGGGGUGAUCCUAACCAUGAUGUGUGUCUGUGGCACGCUUGGCAACAUCUACACGUUGGCGAUCGCCAACCGCUUGAUCAAGUCUGCCGGGUCCAUGUACGUUUAUAUUGCCAACCUGGCACUGGCUGACCUUCUGUACUUGCUCACCAUCCCUUUUGUGGUGUGCACGUACUUUGCCAGAGACUGGUACUUUGGGGAGAUUGGCUGCAGGUUCCUCCUCAGCCUGGACCUCCUGACCAUGCACGCCAGCAUUUUCAUCCUCACGGCCAUGAGUGUUGAACGAUACAGGGCUGUGACCUCACCCCUGGCCAGUCAGGCUACAAAAGUGUGCCGAAGGAUGAUUACUGCUGCCAUUUGGUCAUUGUCGUGCAUCCUGACCUUGCCAAUGAUGAUUAUGAUCCAUUUACAAGAGACCAUCAGCCCUUCAGCGUCAACAAAGAGAAUUUGCUUCCCAACGUGGAGUCCUGAUGCCUACAAAACGUAUCUCACCGUUUUAUUCAAUACCAGCAUUUUAUCUCCAGGCAUUGUCAUUGGAUACCUAUACAUCCGGUUGGCACAAACUUACUGGCUUUCAGGGAGAAUGGUUCUGGACACUAGGAACCGUACUCUAAAGCAGAAGGUCCUGUACAUGAUUUUUAGCAUCAUCUUGUUAUACUGGACGUGCUUUCUGCCAUUUUGGGUUUGGCAAUUGGUGAAACUGUACACGCACGAAACACUGAGCUUGACACCUCUGGUACAGAUGUACAUCAAUUUCUGUGUGACCUGCCUGACGUACAGUAACAGCUGCAUUAACCCCUUCCUGUAUGUGUUACUCACCAAGAACUACAAGGAGUACAUGGCACACCGCAGCAGAACUUCCACUGAGCGGGCCACCUUCAAAAGGGGGGCAAAGGAACAGUCACGGGUCCAAAAGGUCAACUGCCCAAAGGGGCACAACCAGAGCUGCUCCAGCCAGAGCGGCAGGAGAGAGAUCACACAGCAGGGUCCAUGUUGGCCUCAACAAGCCAUUCUCAAGAAAUGA